UGCUGCAGUGCUCUGGAAUCGUUGCUUCUGCUGCUACACAAAUAGGAGUAUGACCGGUCAAAGACGGCGGCCGUAUAUUUCGCGCCCAGCAGCCAAUGCGGCGUCUACUCUUUAUUAUGUCUAUGGUCCAGCCAACCAUUUAGGCAGAAGAGGAAGAAGAAUUUGCACUUGUCUGUAUCGGAGCAUUUGGUUUAAUAGUUUAAGACAUCAGGAACGUUUUCUGGAUUUCGAAUAUAGAUCCAUUUCGCUAAAAUGCAGAGGGAGGACAAACCCAGCCGGCUGCUCUCCUUCCACACUGAGCCCAAACAAGAGUCACUGGAUUCUGAUUAUGAAGCUCAAUGGGCAUUGGGGGAUUCAGAGAUGGCAUCAGUAAAGCUGGAGGACAAAAGUCAAAAACUGGGGCUGAAUGUUAUCAUCAAAGAUAAAGAGGAGGAGAAGAAUGUGGUUAUCAUUAAUUAUGGAGAGGGAGAUUUACUCAUUCAAGAUGGGAUUCCUGAAGUGGAGACACUUGGAGAGAAACAACAGAAAGACUACAGUCAUAAGAAGUCUCACCGCUGUCCCCAUUGUGAAAAACAUUUCUCAUCUCUAUCACUGUUAAAAAGACACAUUAAAAUACAUACUGGAGAGAAACCUUACCCCUGUUCUGACUGUGGGAAGUGUUUUAGGACAUCAUAUAAACUUACUGUUCAUCAGAGAGUUCACACAGGUGAGAAGCCUUACUUCUGUUCUGACUGUGGGAAGAGUUUCUCUCAUUUAGGUAACUGUACUGUUCACCAGCGCAUACAUACUGGAGAGAAGCCUUACCCCUGUUCUGACUGUGGGAAGAGUUUUAAGACAUCAUUUCAACUUACUGAACAUCAGAGAGUGCACACAGGUGAAAAGCCUUACUCCUGUUCUGAGUGUGGGAAGUGUUUUAAGACAUCAUUUCAACGUACUGUUCAUCAGAAACUUCAUACAGGUGAGAAGCCUUACUCCUGUUCUGACUGUGGGAAGUCUUUCAUAAGAUCAUCUGAUCUUACUAUUCAUAUAAGACUGCACACAGGUGAGAAGCCUUACUCCUGUUCUGACUGUGGGAAGGGUUUCAUAAGAUCAUCUGAUCUUAAUAUUCAUAUAAGACUGCACACCGGUGAUAAGCCUUAUUCCUGUUCUGACUGUGGGAAGUGUUUCAUAAGAUCAUCUGAUCUUACUAUUCAUAUAAGACUGCACACCGGUGAUAAGCCUUACUCCUGUUCUGACUGUGGUAAGAGUUUCUCUAAAUUAAGUCGCCUUAAAGUUCACCAGCGCAUACAUACUGGAGAGAAGCCUUACCACUGUUCUGACUGUGGGAAGAGUUUCUCUCAAUUAGGUAGCCUUAAACGUCACCAGCGCAUACAUACUGGAGAGAAACCUUACCACUGUUCUGACUGUGGGAAGGGUUUUUAUGGGUCAUGUGAUCUUACUAGACAUCAGAGAGUGCACACUGGUGAGAAUCCAUUCUCCUGUUCUGACUGUGGGACGUGUUUCUCUCAAUUGGGUCAUCUUAAAGGUCACAUGCACAUACAUAAUGGACAAUAACAGAACAAUUGACAGACCUGUCAACGUGGAUGAACAAGGGUUUAACAACAUCAAGUAGUUUUGCUGUCUUUUGUGGAAGUUAGCACAAAUGAAGAAGAGCCCCCACUCUUCCCAGGGCACUACAUGUCCAUUGUAAAUUAGCUUUUCAAGAAAGAUUUUUCACGGCAGACAAAAUAUCCUGUGAUUACAUACAAAGUCUUUGUCUUUUGCGUUUGCUCUCUUGAUUUUAUACAACGCUGUGUGUUUUUGCUUCAGUGCACACUCAGGUGUUCAGUACUCCAAGAAUCUGCUUCUUUCAUUGUCUCUGUCAUGGAUGCCCUUUGUUUGUAAAUGUAAUCCAGAAAGUAUUCUCUCACAACUUGUUCCCACUCAGAUUUGUUGACAACGCCAUCCAUAUUCAGGGCAGUGAUAUGGUUGAGAGCUCUAGCAACGCGUUCGCACAUGUUUGAAAUUUCUGUGAUCAUUAUUUACUUACCAAGGAGUCAUGUUAUGACAAAAGCCUGUUACAUGAUAGACCAAUCAGUAUGUCAGCUUGUCCAGCCCCUUCAUUAUCUCAGCCUAUGGAAGGAAAGGUCCUGUAUUUUCCGCUAGUUAAACAAGGGUUUAAGUUUUAUAUUUUAUGGUAUUUACACUUCGCAUACUAGAUUGUUAUUAAGUCACAUGAAAGUUUGCAUCUUCAAGAAGGCAUUUCUGCUCAAAAGACAAUUUUUCAUCUUAAAAACAUCUCUCCUGAAACAUAGUGGCAAGCACCAUGCGCCCCCAUUCACGGAUUCUGUCACAUAUUGAAAUUGCAAAAGAGGUUCACAUACUGUCAAGCAGCACCAUUUAUCUCUUGGUCCUCUAUUAAAACAUUAAUUGAAUGCAUAAUCACCAUAAAUACAUGGAUAGUAGAACAUGUCUUUUAACUAAACAAGGAUAAAACUAAGGUUUUGGUUGUUGGUGCAAAAGCAAGAAAAUUACAGCACAUUUUCAGUAGUUACACCCAAAUUAUACAUAACCAUCUAAAAAUCAAGGUGUGAUAUUAGAAUCUGACCUCAAUUUUGAAGGAGAAAGACAAUGUAAUCAACUGUGUAAUCAAUUUCUCGUUCUGGUGUAUUCUUACUGAUUAAAGGACUGAGUCCCCAUGUUUUGAUAAAUAGAGGAUUGUGGGAGAGGGGAUCUGGU